AUGAACACGAGCGCGUUGAAGGACUUGCUCUGCGAUGAACCAGAUUCCACACUUCUGGAGGCCGUGAAUGGCAAUCGCGACCAUCGCGCUCUUCUACCUCUUCUUGAUGCAGAAAUACAGCGCAGCUCGUCUCGCCUGCAACGUCUGAGAGAGUAUCGCAAUAGUCUGGCAUCCCCCAUUCACAAUCUACUUCCGGAAAUCCUAUCGCAUAUCUUCUUCAUCUACGCGCAGGAUAACGACGAGCUUUUCAAUAUGCGAUGGGCGCGGCUGCUGCUUGUGUGUAGACGAUGGCGGGACAUCGGCAUGCUGACUCCCAAACUUUGGAGUUUCAUGGACUUAUUCGCAGCUUACUACGAUGAAUGGGAUGAAGCAAGUGCUCGAAAGGAAGCGCGUGAUGCUCAGCGCGUUCGGGCUCAGAUGGCCCGCGUCGGACUCGCGCCAACCACCGUCAAGCUGACCCUACAUCUCAACCUAUCUGAACCGAAACGGGCUUGCUUGCCGAUGUUCUGGAUUCCGUCCGCACUCCAAUCUUUCCACCUGAACGGAAUCAACGCACCGUUCCAUGAAGUGAUUGAUGUAUUCGUCAAACACCAACACUCUUCUCUCGCACACUUCGCUGCGUAUCAAUUGGUACCUGCAGGCCCAUUCGACGACGCGGCCAGGGCAGUAACUCCUCUUCCAGACGACAUUCUCAAGGUCAACCUUCCACGUCUAAGAGAGCUAUCUCUAGCGGGGUUCCGAUUCAACUGGACGUUCAUACACGAUCUUAGGGUUCUCAACGUGGAAUAUUACCCCGAGAAUGACCUUUCGAGUACCCUACGGGAUAUCAGCGACGCCCUCACGCGUUGUUCGGCCCUUGAAGAAUUAUGGCUCAUACUGCAUAGCGAGGGCGAUGGAUCCAUGAUAUCAUCGUUUUCGCAGACUGUAUGGCUCCCAAAUGCCCAGAUCAUCUCUUUGCAAGGACCUGCCGGGUUCUGUUUGGGCCUUCUGGAAGCUCUGACUGAUUUGCCAUGUACCUCGCAAUUGCGCGUCUCUCCCCUCCAUCCACCAUCACUUACUUCAAACGAUGUUUGCAACUCGCCACUAUUAUCUUAUCUCACUAGUCACGCACGUCGAGUGGAUGCGCCCACUAUGCGUGCCGUGAGCCUUGUGAACCAACCCUUGGCCGGGAUGUAUCAAACGGGAGUAAGCGGUUACGCCCAAGUGGACCGCUGUCUCGACCCCGAAUACAUGUCCAACCACCAUGGGCAACCGUCUUCGCAUAUCCACUUCUCGACGAGACGUCAUAUUCAAGACGCCCCCUUGCCUACUCCUGAAGUCGAGCAUAUCAUGCGUCAUAUCAUUCGGACAUGGAACUUUACAAAUGUCACACAUUUCGAUUUGCGAUUGGCUGGCUGGGAUCCUGAUAUCCCAUGGCAACAUCUUCUUGCAGAGUUACCCUCCGUCACCACGAUCAUCAUGCGUCCCGAACAGCCCACCAGCCCCCGACUCGUCCUAGGUUUCCUGCACGAACAACUACAGACCCACGGCCGGCGCGUUGUUCCAAACAUUGUGUUCGAUGCUCAGAAAGUGAAUCCAUACGUAUCGCAUGCUGAGCUAUCACUGGAGACGCUUGCCCGAAGGACCCUCAUGCAUACCCUAAUGUAUUGUGCUGCUGCUGCCCGCGCGGGAGUACCACUGGAAACCGUGGAGAUAAUCAACGACCUCGAGCCGUCGAGGUUCAAAGCUCGCGUGCUCGAGCCCACGAUCGCCUCCUUCGUAUGGAGUGGACUCUACCAAGACCUCAGUACUGGCUUCAUAUAUUGUGGUGUUCUGCACAAUCAGGCUCUCGAUUGCAGCGCGGUCGCUGCCGUCACGCCCCAGGGUUCACAUUCCGAGUUGGAGUAA